UUUCAGGUGUACGUUCCCUGAUGGACUUGUGUCGCGGGUCUACCAUGUGAGCAUACAGGGAAAAUCAAGGCCCUGACACGAUCGGCCAGAAUUCUUCUACAUACUGGGAGGGUAAGGCGGACAUGGAAACCCUCCAGAGGAUUUACGGAAUCUCGUUCCCUGACCCCAAAAUGCUCAAAGAAUGGGAGAAGUUUCAAGAGGAAGCCAAGAACAGAGAUCACCGCAAACUGGGCCGGGAGCAAGACUUGUUCUUCUUCCAUGACCUGAGUCCAGGGAGCUGCUUCUUCCUGCCUAAGGGGGCCUUCAUCUACAACAGCCUGAUUGAGUUCAUCCAAGUAAGCCAAAGCUGUCUGACCAUUGCUGGGAUCUCACUCUAAACUUUAAGACUGGAG